UUUUUAUUACCUUUCCUCUUCCCCACUCAGGCAGUCACUGAUCUACUCUACUCUAGUGAAAUCUCACCAAAUGGCAACAGUAGAAAAUCCAGCUGCAGCUCUACCGCCCGCCAUUACCAAUCCCCUGAAAACCUCUUCCAAACUGAAACUCUCUUUCUUCUCCAUUCUUCUCUUCUCCCUCUCCUACUUCCUAGGCAGCACCCUCCACUCUCCUUCUUCAUCUCCUCCCCGCCAGCAGAACCAACUUCUCCUCUGUCCUCCCAUCUUCCCGCCGCCGCCACCACCGCCGCCGCCGCCGGAAUCUCUCGACUUCCAACCUCACCACUUCCUAACCAGCUCCCUCAUUUCCAAUUCCACCUCCAGCUCAAUCAAUUCGCUUCCAAUCCCACUCUGCUCUGCCAAUUUCACCGACUUCGUCCCCUGCCACGACCCAUCAAGAGAGAAGCUAUUCUUUUCCCCUUUGGGAACAACCCAAUUGGCCUUCUUCCACAGGGAAAGGCAUUGCCCUGCUUCCGAAGGAGAGAAACCCAGGUGCUUGGUUCCGAGGCCUCGUGGUUACAAGUCUCCGUUCCCCUGGCCGAAGAGCAAGGGUUUUGCGUGGUUUCGAAAUGUGCCUUCCAAGAAGCUUACUGUUACGAAGAAGAGCCAGAAUUGGGUUAGGUUGGAAGGCGAAUUGCUGGUUUUCCCCGGCGGCGGGACUUCUUUCCCCAAAGGCGUGAAGGGUUAUGUGGAGGAGAUUAGGCGGCUUCUGCCGGAGUUGAAGAAUGGUGCUAUAAGAACUGCUCUUGAUAUUGGAUGUGGGGUUGCAAGUUUUGCAGCAUUUCUGAUGGACUACAAUGUCCUGACAAUGUCAGUAGCACCGAGAGACAUACAUGAGGCACAAGUGCAGUUCGCGUUGGAAAGAGGGCUUCCAGCCAUGCUCGGUAUACUCAGUGUUCACAGGCUUCCAUUCCCAUCAAGAUCAUUCGACAUGGCUCAUUGCUCGAGAUGCCUGGUUCCAUGGACUAAUAAUGAUGGACUUUAUCUGUUGGAGAUUGAUCGAGUGCUGAGGCCUGGUGGCUACUGGGUGUUAUCUGGCCCACCCAUUAACUGGAAGCUUAAUUAUAAAGGUUGGGAGAGACCUGCUAUGGACUUGGAACAGGAGCAGAAGGCAUUGGAGGAUCUUGCCAGGCGACUGUGCUGGAAGAAAGUUGCAGAGAGAGGAAACAUUGCUGUGUGGAGAAAACCCACCAAUCAUGCACACUGCAUGAUAAAGUCAAGGGCUUGGAAGUCCCCUCAUAUGUGCACAGGGAGUGAUCUUGAUGCUGGUUGGUACAGAAAGAUGGAAGCUUGCAUAACUCCUCUUCCACCUGUUUCUGACGUCCACCAUGUCUCUGGAGGCACUCUUCAGAACUGGCCCAAAAGACUGAAUGUUGCUCCUCCUAGGCUUAAAAGUGAAGGAAUCUCAGUCAAGGAAUUCAAUGAAGACAACUUGGUGUGGAGAAAAAGAGUUGCACAUUAUGGUGUCAUACUUAAGCCCUUCACUCAAGGCAAGUAUAGGAACAUAAUGGAUAUGAAUGCUGGAAUUGGUGGCUUUGCUGCUGCACUGAUUAAGCUCCCAGUGUGGGUUAUGAAUGUGGUGCCUCCGGAUACUAACAGCAACCUCAGCAUUGUGUAUCAGCGCGGCCUUAUAGGCACCUACAUGAACUGGUGUGAGGCUUUCUCGACGUACCCUAGGACAUACGACUUGAUACAUGCCAAUGGUGUCUUCAGCAUAUACAUGAACAAGUGCGAUAUGGUCGAUAUUGUGCUGGAGAUGUACAGGAUUCUGAGGCCGGAAGGAGCUGUAAUAGUGAGGGAUCAUGUUGAUGUUAUAGCUAAGUUGAAAGCAAUUACUGAUAGGAUUAGAUCAUGGGCUGGCACCAUGUAUCACUCUGAGAAUGGCCCCUUUCAUUCUCAAAAGGUUUUGUUGAUUCAUGGUUCUCUAAGUUAGGUAUCUAUUCUUAGUUCUCUCUUUAAAGUAGUAGCCUUUGUUGAGAUUAGGCUAAAAAGAUGUACCCAUUGAAGCAUAUAUGAAAUCCAUUAACUUGUAAGCAUAUAUAUUAUAAUUUUAGAGGGAUAUAAAAUUUCCUGUUAAUUACCUCAUCAGACAAAUAUUAGACUUGAUAUGAAUGGUUUGUUAAUGUACUAUGUUAGACUUGUUAUUGUACUAUGUUUUUAGUGAGAUUUCAGUUCAUGUACUAUAUUUUUCUUUUAACAAAUACGUCUUUGUAUUGUUAAUUUUAAAUGGCAGGUCCGUUUAUUAUGGCUUUCGCUUGUUCUUCUAAUCGACAAGUAAACAAUUCCGUUCAUAUUUAUUAUAUGUUAUAGUCAAUUUAUGUUAAAUUAGCACUAUAUUGAUAACUUGGAUGUCAUAUUCAAUGAAGUUUAUAUUAUGUCCCUCAAUCUGGUCCAAUUAAGUUAGAAAUAAGAGUUUCUAAGAGAUAAAAGAAUGAGAUGAGAUAUGAAAUUUAAGAGUUUAUAGAGAGUGUAAAGUAUCAAUUUUCAACAUAUGUAGUGUAGGGUGUUGAAGAUGUGCCUUGCUAUGUAUGGCUCAAUCCUAGGUAUGAUUAGGGAUGGCAAAAAUAUCCGUAACCGUGGAUAUCAGCCCAAAUUCGACCUAAUCGGUUAGGAUAAAACCCGAAUUCGAAGGACUUUUAGUGGUUACGGGUAAAACCCGAACCCGAAUAUCGCGGGUAAUGGAUGGGCAUGGUUUUCUCACUAUCCAACCCGAACCCACCCGAUUAUACACAUGCAUAUGUAUUUUGUCUAGAAAUAAUCAAUAUUUUUCUCUAACUUAUUUUAUAUUUAGCAUAUAAAUAUAAAUUUUUUAUGAAAUUGUGUUGUUUUAAUUAAUUUGUUCCCUAGGUAUAAUAGGAAUUUUCAGCUGAGGGACUAAAAGGAAUAAACGACACAUAAACUUAAAAAUGAUAAUAUAUGGAUGCAAUUGUU